CGCUCGCAUAUUCACUCAGUAUUCGCCAUGGCUAACACCAAUGAUGCCCUCCGCGCCAGCGAGAUAGACGAGAAAUCAACACCUCCAGCACCAGCUCCUCCCAUUGCAGCCCCUCAACCCCCCGAUGGCGGACCCAUGGCCUGGCUCCAGGUCGCUGCCGGCUUCGUUCUCUUCUUCAACACCUGGGGCAUGAUAAACACCUUUGCCGUCUUCCAAACUUAUUAUGAGAGCGGCGCUCUGUUUGAGGCCUCAUCGUCCGACAUCUCCUGGAUAGGCUCCAUCCAAUGCUUUCUCCUGCAGCUGACAGGCCUUGUGGCAGGACCCAUCUACGACAGAGGCUACCUCCGCCUGCUCCUCGUGUCGGGCAGCUUCUUGGUCGUCUUUGGCCUGAUGAUGCUCUCCCUGUGCAAGGAGUUCUGGCAAGCCCUGCUGGCCCAGGCCUUUUGCAUCGGCAUCGGCGGUGGUCUGCUCUUCACCCCAACCGUGUCCCUGCUGCCGACCUGGUUCAGGAGCCGUCUGGGUCUUGCUGUAGGAGUUGCCUCGUCCGGAUCUUCCCUUGGUGGCAUCAUCUACCCAAUCGUCCUCUACCGUCUGCUCUACAGUCAUAAUAUCGGUUUCCCCUGGGCCGUGCGCACGAUCGGCUUCCUCGCUCUGGCCACAUUUACCCUACCAGUGGCCCUCAUGCGCACACGCGUGCAGCCCCCCAAGCCACGGGCAAUUAUCGACUGGUCCGCCUUUACAGACGCACCCUUUAUCACUUUCGCCCUCAGCGUCCUGAUCCUCUUCAUCGGGAACGCCGUGCUCAUAUUCUACAUCUCCUUCUUCCCCGAGAACAAGGGCUUCACCAAUACGUCAUUGUCAUUUUACAUGGCUGCCAUCUUUAACGCGAGCUCCGUAUUUGGGCGCAUUGCCCCCAACGCUCUGUCAGACCGCAUUGGCGUCUUCAACACCAUAGUCCCAACUACACUGCUACUCGGCGUCACCACCCUGUGCAUGCUCAGCGUGGUCAACAAGGCCGGGAUGAUUGUUGAGGGCAUUACCACCGGCUUCUUCAGCGGCGUGGUCGUGGCCAUGCCACCUGUCUGUUUCCGCAUGCUCACCCAGAACCCGUCUAUGAUUGGCACGCGCAUUGGCCAGGGGUUUGCCAUUGGGGGGCUUGGUCUGUUGAUCGGUGGGCCCAGCGCUGGUGCUAUAUUGGGGAGUGGUGAAGCGCUCGAAUGGACGGGGCUGUGGGUGUACGCAGGAGUCGCUGGAAUCGUUGCGGCGGGUAUUAUGGUGGGAGUUCGUGUGAUGAAGGGAGGGCUUUCGCUGAAGGUGAAGGUAGACGAGUUGACCAAUACACUGAUUGACGCGGAGCCGAACUUCACUGUUGAUGGGUUGGCGGAUGGUGUGCUGAACACGCUCUACGACUUCAAGUCUCCUGGUGAGAAUUUACGGGAUGCCAUUACGCCCAAGGGACCGUCUGCUUUGCAGGGAAUUAUAAACUAUUUGGCAGAUCAGGUGGUUUCUGGUGUCCAGCGGGCGAUUGAUGCGUAUUCGGAAUGA